GCCACUGAAGCACGUCCAAAUGCUUGGAGAUAAAAAUAUACGAUGAUGUAAUACGAUUUUAUAGAAUUAUAAAUUCCUUUAACUAGUAACCAAUCUUUAACCCAUUGAAUCUACCAAAUAAGCUCAUCUAUCCUUUUUAGCCAAGAAAUGACUAAUUUGUUUACGUUAUAUUGGACAUGCAGAACAACACGUAAAAACCAAGUUGCGUGUUACCUUUAAAGAUGAUAAUUAACCACACAUUAUUCUAAACAUUAACCCCUCAUUUAUAAUUUGUAGUCUUGUUUCUGGUGUAUUUUUGUCAACUGGUGAAUAUAUAUGGUUUAUGCCUCGAUUGAGGAGUAGCUUUUUUGGCGAGCUAUGUAUACUUUGAUUCAUAAUUAUUCGGUGUUAUAGUAUGAUCAAGAAAUUUAAUAUGUCUAUACAAAAAUAAAGAGUAAAUAAUUGUGUUAUGGUGGUUUCCUAUAAUUGUUAGAGGUAACACAAAGAUGAAUAAUUAGGGAGGGAGCAGUUGCAAGUUGUUUGAAAUUUGAAACCAACACUUCAUCGCGUUUGUGUCAUCUCUGGAUUCUCAUUGUCUUAUAAGUAAAUAGCGGGGGCUUGUAGGGAUACAAACGUCAAGAGAGCCCCUUAUAAAUAGUUAAGAUUGUUGAUUAAUGCUCACAAAAUAAGAGUGUGAGAGAGUCUCCUAACUCGUGGUUGAGUCAUGCAGCUCAAAAGGUCAUCAUCAUCAUCUACUCCAAUCUCCAUGAAACUCAAAACCAUGUUUCUAAACCUCAUCACCCACUCUCUUUACAGUCUUUUACGGUCUCUCUCCAAAGCAAAAUCCAUUCUUAUAGAGAUAUCUAAACACAACAAGAAGAGGUUAUUCAUGAUGAUGUUUUACCUAAAAAUGUCAUCCAUUCACCAACGCAAGGUCUUCUUCGGGUCCUCAUCCUCCCAUGUUGUCCAUGUAACUAAGUCUUUCUCUAUCUCCCUACAUGCUGAUGAAGACGAGGAUGGUCAUGAGUCUGAGUACUUCCAGUGGCUAGAAGAGGAGGUUGAUGAGAGUAAUAACAUUAAUGAUGAUCAUAGUGUUGGUGAUGUUGAUAUUGAUCGUUUGGCAGAUAUGUUCAUCACCAGCUGCCAUGAGAAGUUCUUGCUGGAGAAGGUUGAGUCUUAUAGGAGAUACCAAGAUAUGUUGGAGAGGAGUUUGUGAGAAUUGAGAACUGAGAGAACCAACAAAGAGUGUUUGUUUUGUUCUAUGUUAAUUAAUUCUUGUUUGAUGGAUGUCUUAGUCAAUAAAAUGAAGAUGAAAUAUUUAUAAACA